CGACAGUCUUGUGCACAAGUUACUCCGUCUUCCUGUCGCGCGCACGCGCUCUCGACGCAGUAAAGGUAUAGACUGGUAGAGACACGGUUGUUAUAAGGUUAGGUGUAACAACAACUGCAAUCUACUGAUGUAAAUAUAAGAGAUUAAAGAGUUGACCAAGGACAUGCGUGACGAGGAACAAUGCAGAUUACAAAAUGGAGAUGCGGUCAAAAGAAAGGCUCAUGUCGUUCAACCUGGAAACCGUGUGAGCUUGAACGUGCCCCAGACUGAAAAGAAAAUCUCACAAAGAUCAGAAGCUGCAAAGCCUUCGAUUUGUCCGGAUUGUGGAAAGUGUUUCCUGCGAAAAGCACAUCUGAAGAGACACUCAAUAAUUCAUAGUGAGGAAAAACCUUUCUCAUGCUCACAAUGUGAAAAGAGUUUCAUGUGUAAAGAUAAACUGAAGCGUCACCUAAAAUUUCACUCUGGAGAUAAAACUUAUGAAUGCUCUCAGUGUGGGAGGAAUUUUGCAUGUCAGGGAUCUCUGAAACGACAUACGAGCGUUCAUUCAGGAGAAAAAUUAUACAACUGUUCUCAGUGUGACAAAAACUUCAGCAGAGCUGAAGGUCUCAAAUAUCAUCUGCGUACUCACACGGGAGAAAAGCCAUUUAAGUGUGACAAGUGCGCUAAACGAUUUCGUUCAACCUCUCAUUUAAACAGACACCAGAAGAUUCAUUCAAAUGAAAGGCCUCACUUAUGUCCUAUCUGUGGAAAGAGUUUUUCACAGCUGGACCAUUUUAAAGACCAUCAGAAAAUGCAUGCCGGCAUACGAGUGUAUAUGUGUUUGGAAUGUGAGAAAAGCUUCACUUCAUCUAGCCAUUUAAAAAGACACCAAAAAAUCCAUGAAGGAAACCUCAAAGAUCACAAUAAGGAGAAGCCUCACGAAUGCUCCCAGUGUGGGAUGAAUUUUGCACUGCGGGGAUCCCUGAAUCGCCAUAUGAACAUUCAUUCAGGAAAGAAAUUAUAUAACUGUUCUCAUUGUGACAAAAACUUCACCAGAGCUGAAAGUCUCAGAUAUCAUCUGCGUAUUCACAAGGGGAAAAAGCCAUUUAAGUGUGACAAGUGCAGUAAACGCUUUCGUUCGACAUCUCAUUUAAACAGACACCAGAAAAUUCAUUCAAAUGAAAGGCCUUACUUAUGUCCUUUCUGUGGAAAGAGUUUUUUACGGCUGGACCAUUUUAAAGACCAUCAGAAAACGCAUGCUGGCAUAAGAGUGCAUAUGUGUUUUGAAUGUGGGAAAAUCUUCACUUCAUCUAGCCAUUUAAAAAGACACAGAAAAGUUCAUACUGGAGAGAAAGACAUCAAGACUGAAAAGAAUUUCGCUUAUUUCAGAUCAGUUAAAAAUAAAAAAACAUGAGAGUCAGCUUACCAGGAGCCAUAACAAACCCAGCAUUUGCUUUCAGACAGAGCUGGUGCUAAGCAGACCUGACCAAGAAAAAAGAGGAGAGUCAAAAACUUAAUGAAGAAUCUGUUUCAGUGCUUCUCAUUUAUCAUGUUUCAGCUGUUCGUAGACUGAAAUUGCUUUAAAAAAAAAAAAUGUUUGAACUUUUGUUGUGUUGGAUUUUGUUAUGACUGACGACAGUCGCUUAACCUUAUGUUCAGGGCCAGUUCUGGUGUCUGUUGUGUAAAUAAAUAAAACUACAUACAAAAUCCGUUCCAUAUAA